UUCCUUCAGGACGACCCUGGAAGCCAUGCGGACACGUCAUCUUACAUCAUAAACUUAUUCGUUCAAUUUUGCCGUGCACAGACGAUUUGCCAGUCCAAAUCACAACGUAUAGAUCAUCGAUAGUUAAUAUUUCAAACAGUUAUUCCUUAAUAUGUCAAAGUUAUUUAACGCCUUAAGCACUCUCGGCAUCGGCCUAGCAGUCGGAGCAAGUGUUGUGAAUACUGCACUUUACAACGUUGACGGUGGACAUAGAGCUGUGAUAUUUGACAGAUUUAGAGGAGUCCAGGAAAAAGUUGUAGGAGAAGGAACACAUUUUAUGAUUCCAUGGGUACAGAAACCCAUCAUAUUUGAUAUCCGUUCAAAGCCAAGGAAUAUAGCUGUGGUUACAGGAAGCAAAGAUUUACAAAAUGUUAACAUUACUCUGAGAAUUUUGUUCCGGCCAUUGAGUUCCAGUCUUCCUAAAAUCUACACAAACAUUGGAAUGGACUACGACGAAAGGGUACUGCCAUCCAUUACCAAUGAAGUCCUCAAAGCAGUGGUGGUAGGUAUUUAGCUCGCUUGUUCAAAG